CAUCACAUUGCAACCCUAGCAAACAAAAAAGAAAAACACCUUGUUUUCAAUUUUCAAAAUGAAUCUCAACAUUGUGUUCUCUCUUGCAUUCAUCUGCAUUGUUAUCGCCGGUGUCGUAGGCCAGUCGCCUUCACCGGCACCAGCCCCCGCUGGUUCUUCUCCAGCUUCAUCUCCCACAUCACCAACCCCAUCUCCUAACCCUAAUGCGCCUUCACCGGCCCCAUUUUCAUCUCCAACACCAGCCCCCGCUAGCACUUCACCGGCCCCAUCUCCUUCCAACCCUCCCUCACAUGCACCUUCACCAUCGCCACUUUCAUCUCCGACACCAGCCCCCGCUCCAUCUACUUCCAACCAUAAUGCACCUGCUCCAGUCACCAAUCCAUCGGCACCAUCUCCUCAAAGAUCUCCACCCAGUCCAACUCAAGGAAACUCACCUCCAUCGGCUACUUCGAAAACUCUAGCCCCACCACCUUCGAAGGGGAAGAAAAUCUUUGGAAAGAAGAUUGUGUCGCGAGAAAAUUCUGAUAGACUUAAUGUUGUUCCACGCGCCACCAUUGAUGAUGGACUUGGUUUGUUAACUCUCGAGUUAAAGAAAAGUAAGAAACCUAUACCUUAG